AUAAUAAUAAAAUUGUUUAUAUAUUUUUUUUUUUGUAUUGAAAUUUAAUAUUAUAGAAAUAAAAUGGUAAAUGCACAAGUUCUUGGUUAUAUUGGAGCUGCUGUUGCCUCGGUAUUUUUCGGUUCUAAUUAUGUACCUGUAAAAAAUUUCCCAACUGGAAAUGGUAUUGCAUUUGCAUGGGUAAUGUCAGUUGGUAUUAUUUCAGUUGCCUAUGUUGCAAUGUUUAUAGCCGGAUCAGAUGGUAAAAAUUUAUAUUUAUUCGAUCCAUGGGGUUUAUUAGGAGGUACUUUAUGGUCACUUGGUAAUUUUUGUGUAAUUCCAAUUGUUAAAACAAUUGGUUUAGGUUUAGGUUUAUUAUUAUGGUGUUGUUGUAGUAUUGUUGCAGGUUUUUUCACUGGUAAAUUUGGAUUAUUUGGAUUGGAAAAACAAGUUGUAUCACAUCCAGCUAUGAAUUGGAUUGGUUUUGGUUGUAUUGUAGCAGCUAUUGUAUUCUUUUUCUUUAUUAAACCAACCUUAGAAAAUGAAGAUACAGAAUCCAAUUCAUACUCAUCAAUUGUUGAUGACUAUCCAAUUAUUAAUGAAGCAGGUUAUCGUGGAUCAAUCCAAUCAUCAAAAUUAACCGAAAAAUCAUUCUUUGAAAGAAUUCCACAACCAAUGAAAACUAUGUUGGGUAUUGGUUUAGCCAUUUUCUCUGGUAUUAUGUAUGGUGUUAACAUGGUUCCAAUGCAAUUAUGGAAGCAAUCUGAUCCAUCAGCCAACCCAUUAUCAUUCAUUUUCUGUCAUUUCUCUGGUAUUUUCAUUUUCAAUACUAUAGUUUUCUUUGUUUAUGCCAUCAUUAAACGUCCACCACAAGUUUUCCCACAAACUAUGCUCCCAUCAUUCUUCUCUGGUGUCUUAUGGGGUAUUGCUAACUGUGGUUUAAUGGUUGCCACACAAAAUCUUGGUUAUACUGUCGGUUUCCCAAUGGGUGCCUCAGGUCCAAUGGUUGUAUCAUCAAUUUGGUCUGUAGUAUACUUUAAAGAAAUUCAAGGUGUUAAAAAUUUAUUAAUUUUAUUAAUCUCAUUCUUAUUUUUGGGUGCUGGUAUUACAACUCUUGCUUUAUCAGGCUAAAAAAAAGAAAAAAAAAAAAGAAAAAAACAAAUAUCAACUUUAAAAUAUAUAAAUUAUAUAU